GGAUUUCCGGCCGGCAGGAGGGCUUUCGGGUCCCGGUUCCUCGGUGGGCGUGGACCGCUGACCGGCCAGUGUCCGCCGCCGCGGCCCGGGAGCCGGGCCAUGGAGAAGCUGCGGCGGGUCCUGAGCGGCCAGGACGACGAGGAGCAGGGCCUGACCUCGCAGGUCCUGGACGGCGCCUCCCUGAGCUUCAGCACGAGGCUGAAGUGGUUCGCCGUCUGCUUCGUGAGCGGCGUCUUCUUCUCCAUCCUGGGGACCGGACUGCUGUGGCUUCCAGGCGGCAUAAAGCUCUUCGCCGUGUUCUACACCUUCGGGAACAUCGCCGCGCUGGCCAGCACGUGCUUUCUGAUGGGGCCCGUGAAGCAGCUGAAGAAGAUGUUCGAGAGCACGCGGUGGCUCGCCACGGUCGUCAUGAUGCUGUGUUUCGUGUUCACCCUGUGUGCGGCUCUCUGGUGGCGCAAGAAGGGGCUGGCCGUGCUGUUCUGCAUCCUGCAGUUCCUGUCCAUGACCUGGUACAGCCUGUCCUACAUCCCGUACGCCAGGGACGCCGCCUUGAAGUGCUGCUCCUCGCUGGUGGGUUGAACACCGGACACUCGUCGGAAGGAGCGCGUGACAGCGGCUGCUCGGUGUCUGGUGCAGCGUGUUUGCCCCCGAGACGGCGCUCGCGCCCCGGCCCUCCACGGUGACGGUGACGGUGACGGUGGGGGCCCGUUCUGCGCUGGCGAAGCUCCGUGCGUGCGUGAUUAAACUGCUGAAUGCUUGUAACCCUCGUGCAUGAUGUGUCCUUAACGUCUGUCCCUUCCGAAGACCAGGAAUCUUAAUCAGUGCCGGUCGUGAAUGAUUUUUGGCCAGUUCUUUAAUCUUCUCUAAACAGCACUCGCGAUGUGAAUAUUUAAGGUAACCUGUGCUGCCUGGUGUGUGUUCACCUUUCUUGGCUCUCUUAAAACGUCUAGAUUUUUAAAAAUAUUUUUUUAAAAACUUUAAAUGUGGAAGUUUUUACUUUAAACUAAAAGUUGCUUAUUCUAUGUAAUAAAAAUAAUAUAUGAACCUUUACAACUUUGCAGUGAGCUUCCUUGGAAA